AUGGGCCCUGCCUUACCCCAGGAACAGCCCAAAGACAUGGAGAGCUACUACAGCCUUCUGCAGGCAGGCUCUGAACUGGAGAGCACACUGCAGCAAGUGACUGUUCCCGUGAGUAUGAAAGAGGUGGCGGGGUACAUUGAGAAACAGGUGGCUUAUUUAUCAGGGGGUCGAGGUGAGGAUUCCAGCGUCGUCAUCACUCUGCCCGAGUGCUCGGCCUUCAGUGACAUUCCCGAGGAAGCCCUGGCAAAAGUACUCACUUAUCUCACACUGAUUCCACGAGCACGACAACCUGGUGUAAAAUUUAUCAUCAUUUUAGACCGAAGACUGGAUACGUGGACCUCCAUCAAAACAGCGCUUGCCAGGAUUGCGGCUUCCUUCCCAGGGAACCUCCACCUGGUUCUGGUCCUCAGACCCACCAGCUUCUUCCAGCGCACUGUCACUGACCUCGGUUUCCGUUUCAGCCAGGAGGACUUCAUGCUUAAAAUGCCUGUCGUGAUGCUCAGCUCUGUAACAGACUUGCUUCGUUAUAUUGAUGAGAACCAGCUGACGUCAGAGUUUGGAGGCACCCUGGACUACUGCCAUAGCGACUGGAUCGUCCUGAGAACGGCCAUUGAGAGUUUUGCAGUGACUGUGAAGGACAUAGCUCAGAUGCUACAGGGCUUUGGGACGGAGCUGGCAGAGACAGACCUGCCUGAACAAGGCAAUGCCAUCGAGUUCCUCCUUCACUCCCACACUGAGAAGUACAGGAGACUCAAGGAUGCCAUCAGAUCCGUGAUGAGGGAGGGCCGACACCUGCUCUCGAGCCUGGAGGACUCUGGGAAAGAGGAGGACUCAAACACAAAAUGGGAUGUUACUCAGGACUGGGAUACGGUGCAGAGACUGCUAGCCCAGCUCAGAGACAUGGAGUUAGCCUUUGAUGGCUUCUUUGACAAGCACCAUCUUAAGCUCCAGCAGUACCUCCAGCUCCUGAGAUAUGAGCAGAGUUUCCAACAGAUGGAGCAUUCUCUGGAAAAGCUGAGUGUUCAGGAAAAGGCAGUGACCUGUAGUGGAGACACACUGUCCCACACGGAGCAGGCCGUCAGAGACCUGGACUGCCUGGAGAAAAGAGCUCAGGAGGAAAUGGCCAAAGCUCAGAUCAUUAUUUUACACGGCCAUCAGCUGGCAGCCAAUCACCACUACGCCAUGGCUCUGAUAGUGCAGCGCUGUAACGAACUCCGCCAUCGCUGUGACACACUGAGCUCUGCUCUCCGCUCCAAACGCAACACACUCACACAAGUCCAAAGCUUACUGCAGCGCCUACAAGAGGCCCAGCACUGGUGUGAUGAGGGGGCAUAUCUGUUAGCCAAUCAGCAGGUUGAUAAGGUUCAGUCAAAGGAAGGCGCCCAGUCUGCACUGAGAGAAAUAGACAAGUUCCAGGAGGGGGCGCCACCUCUCCUCGGUAUGGGCUCAGAUCUUCUCUCAAUGGAGUAUGAGUCCGUGCUAACCCCUGAACUCCAGGCUCACAUAGGAAAGACGUUUGAGAAGCACUCGGCUGUACAGGGUAUGAUAGAGGGCAGGCAGGCCUGUCUGAGAAAACUGACACACAAACACGUCCGACCGGUCCAGCUGGUACCACCGCGGCCGGAGAACCCACCACGCGCCAAAUCUCCACUCUUCUCACCCAAACAUGGGGACCCUUUGAAGUUCACGUUUGACCUUUCUUUACCUGGGAAGAGGGCAACCCGGAAAAGUCCAAACUCCCGGAAGAUCGAGGUGAUGCAUGACUACCAGAAUCGCAGUGCUAUCUACUAUAAUGUGGAUGGAGAGGACAGUCCAGAUCUGCUGAAACAUCACGUGAUAAAAGAACUUAUCGAGACAGAGAGGAUCUAUGUGGAGGAGCUUCUUGCUGUGUUACUUGGCUACAGGGCAGAGAUGGACAAUCCGUCCCUCUCUGUUCCUCCACCCCCCGGUCUACGCAACAAGAGAGACGUUCUCUUUGGGAACAUGCCUGACAUUUACAACUUCCACAGCAGGGUUUUCCUGCAGGAGCUGGAGAGCUGUCUGGAGACACCUGAGGCAGUUGGAGCUUGCUUUCUGGAGAGGAAAGAAAAUUUCCAAAUGUACGAACGCUACUGUCAGAACAAACCUCGCUCUGAGUCGCUAUGGCGACAAUACUCCGACUGCGCUUUUUUCCAGGAGUGCCAGAGAAAACUGGAGCACAAAUUGGCUCUAGACUCUUACCUGCUUAAACCGGUCCAGCGUCUCACGAAGUACCAGUUAUUAUUAAAGGAGUUGCUGAAGGUCAGCUCAGGCUGUGAGAGGACCUCCGAACUGCAGGGGGCGCUAACAGCCAUGCUGGACCUGUUAAAAUCUGUCAAUGACUCAAUGCACCAGAUUGCAAUCACAGGAUAUGAGGGGAAUCUGUGUGACCUGGGAAAGGUGCUGAUGCAGGGUUCCUUCAGCGUGUGGAUAAGCCAUAAGAAAACCUCCACGCGGAUGAAGGAGCUGACGCGAUUCAAGCCCAUGCAGAGGCACCUGUUCCUGCACGAACGUGCCCUGCUCUUCUGCAAACGCAGAGAGGAGCACGGAGAGGGAGCUGACAAGACCCCCUCCUACAGCUUCAAGCACUGUCUUAAGAUGAAUGCUGUGGGCAUCACAGAGAAUGUCAAGGGAGAUGUGAGGAAGUUUGAGAUCUGGUACAGUGGUAGAGAGGAGGUGUAUGUGGUGCAGGCUCCCACACUGGAGAUAAAACUUGCUUGGCUCAAUGAGAUUCGCAAAAUACUCACCAGUCAGCAGAAACUGCUCAAAGAGCAGUGUCACUCGCACCCAGUGCCUGAACAGAUCCAGCUGUCCCCACCCCUUUCUGAGAGCAAGCAGCAGAGAGCGUCUGUGAGCUCAGAGGAGACUGAAUCAGGCCACAGUAGUCCAGACCCUCUCAGUUCUUCCCCGCGACGCCAGCGGAACAGACGCAGCUGGCCAGGGGCUCCUCACUCUGUAGAUAUCUGUGAGGGUCUGGAAGACUGGAGUGGAGCUAACAGCCUCUCCAAUCUGUCUGACACGGAGGAGGAUGACACUUCCUCAUUGGCCCCGGGCAGGUACCGAGCCUUAGCCGAGUGCCAGAGAUAUGGGUCGAAUGACCUCAUCGUUAAGUGUGGUGAUGUCAUCCAGCUCCAGCAGGAAGAUGGUGAAGGCAAGUGGCUGGUGAGGAACCUGAGCCGCAGACAGGAGGGUCAAAUCCCUGCCUCCAGCCUGCUGAUCAUCCUGGGAGACAGUUGCAGACGUCACUCCAGCCGGCUUGGCGAUCCGGGGAAUCUAAAAGUGCGAAAACUCAGCUCUCCGUAG